UAUACGCUAGACAAGUAGCUCGCGUGGUCCUACGGUAGCAACUCUCGGGGGGCCAGUCAGUCUGUUGACUACCGAAACGUGUGUUAUGGAGGCCACAGAAAAAUCACCACAAAUUCCACAGAAAUUGUCGAAACGUAAUUGCUGUGUUGUGAAUUGUUUCAACAAUGCAAAAAAUAGUCCUGGAGUGCAUUUUUACACAUUUCCAAAUCGUCCAUGGGAGGCUGAAAGGAAAGAAAAAUGGAUAAAGGCUGUACGUAGAAAACAACUUGACGGAACGCCGUGGAGACCAACGCCGAAUUCGCGGAUAUGCAGUGCUCAUUUUUCUGGAGGUGUUAAAUCUAACAAUCCUUCGGAGGAAUCAUUUAACCCAACAAUAUUUCCUCCGAUUUAUAAAAAAAAACUCGAAUAUCUGCGGAUCCAAAGAGAGGUGAACGAUUACGAGCUCGGAAAAGAAAAUUGGAGCCUCCAGAAAUUGAUAUGAGUAAUGAUGUUGAUACACACAUGGCAAUGAGUCCUCCUGCUCCAGAAUUAAAACCGAUAUACAUAGACAUUGGAGUGCAAACAGAUCCGGUUUUGAAUGAAGAGGAAAUCCAAGAGGAAAUUCCAGUCAUUUUCCUUUGUUGGCAAGAUUCUGCUCUUCAUGAAGCAUCUACACAAGCCUCUAUCAUUCUAAAAGCACAAUCGAGACCGAGAGUGAUAAUACCUUCACAAAAAAAAACUAGAACAAUUCGUGUCGGCCCUGAUAAAGUAUUCAGGUCUGGAUUCCUGGGAUACGAAAAUAUAAAAGAUGAUCGAACUAUGAAGCAAUUAGCAGGAAUAACACUCAGUUUCUUCCAUAUCUUACUGACAUUCAUUGAAGUGAAGGCAGAGGGUCAGCCAGCUUACUAUAAAACUCUCGACUCUUCGAAUAGACUAUUACGGUUCCUGAUGAAAAUGAAAUUGGGACUAACAUUUGGAGCCAUUGGUUAUUUUUUCAAAGUUUCGAGCACAACGGCCUCUACUAUUUUCCAUGAAAUAUUAGUGACCCUUCAUGUGAAGAUGAAAAGCUGGAUAUUUUGGCCAUCGAGAGAAGCAAUAAAGGAGACAAUGCCUUCGACGUUCCGAAAUUAUCCGACUUGUCGAGCUAUCAUCGACUAUACAGAGCUGCCAUGUGAUACUCCACCCACACUUGAGCAGCGUGUACAAAUGUAUUCAUCAUACAAAUGUGGAUUUACAAUUAAAUAUUUAAUAGGCAUCAGUCCUUCUGGCAUGAUUACUUUCAUCUCCAAGGGCUACGGUGGAAAAUGUACUGAUGGAUUCAUUGUCAAUGAUUCUAUUUUUUUGGGAUUGGUCGAGCCUGGAGAUCAAAUUAUGGCUGAUAAAGGUUUCCCUCAAAUAAAGAUAGCGCUUCUUGAACGUCAAUGUGUGUUGGUAAUGCCACCAAUGGCAGUCAAUCCUCAGUUUUCACGGGAAGAAGUCCUAGAAGGAUACUCUAUAGCAUCAGUUAGAAUUCACGUGGAAAGGGCUAUCCAACGAGUCAAAAUUUUCGGAAUCUUACGUCACAUUAAUGUUGAAUUAUUCAAGCAUAUUGAUAAAAUCAUGUUCAUUGCUUGUGUACUGGCUAACAAUAAGGAACCAAUUCUCCGACCUGAAUCAAAUGUACAAAAGUAAAUGAUCAUUGUAAUUUAAUCAUUGUAACAAAGAAUCAAAUCAACUGUUGUCAAAAUUUUUAUUAUAAACUCGGCAAAUCAUCCAACAAACGUAAAACAUAAUAAAAUAUAUCGUUAAUACUUUA